AUGGAGAAGAACACGGAGAAGACCGAGAAGAAGGAAAAGAGAAAAGAAAGAAGAAAAUCUUGCCGGAUGUUAAUGUGCACCCCCGCCACCUUUAGCGGCAAGGGCAGCACCUGUUCGUUGGCAAGAAUAGUGGGCAUCCGCGUUGUAGGCGAGCUGGAUUGUCAAGAGGUUCAAUGGAUCCUAGAGCAGCAGCGCCAGAAUGUGCGGAGGAGCAGGACCAUGCAAAGGCCGGAACCCACAAGGCUCUGCACUCUUGGCUCUUCUGCCCAGGUUGCGCCUGAGUCGGAGCACGAGCAGAUGCCAGAGAUGUGA